AUGUCGCGGCUCACUGCAGGCCCAAUGCUGACUGUGGACAGCAGGAGAUUGAGGAGAAUCAUUGCUGAAAAUCCGACUUGGUCCUUGAGUCUUGUGCCUUUUCUAUCAACCCUCUGCCUAGAAUGUAUUGUGAGCAACUUUGAAGAAACCCCCAUCUAUGAGGAGCUUGCACUCAAUCAGAGAGACUUUUUGCAGGAGAAACUGUCACCCUUGCUGCCCCUUUCUGUGACUGCCAACUUGAUCGAUGAUGGUGUCUACUGGCGGCGAUGCUGUGAGCAACGGUGGGACAUUUGUGACGUGUCUCACUAUGGCCACAGCUGGAAGCGUAUGUUCUUUGAGAGGCACCUGGAAAAUAUUAUUGAGCAGUUUAUCCCGGAGACAACCGCCAUUAGGGUAGUCACUGAGGAGAUCCCCCUGUGCAAGGCUUACGUGAGGAGGCUUAACAUCUCCCAAAUGCUGCCUCCCGUUAAGGAGGGCAUGGUGGGACUUGGAGACAACGUAGACUGGCAAAGUGAAACUGACUCAGAUACAGUUCACAUGGAGCACUUUGACUUCCGCACUCUCCUGGCCAACCUGCCGUGGCUGGAGGAGUUACACUUGAGCUACUGGGUAAGACAAUGCGGGAUGAACUUUGAGUGGAAGAUGUUUGAGAUGGCUCAACGUGACUCCGAGACUCUCUCGAUGGCUCUUCAAGCAUGCAAGACCUUGAAGGUAGUACGACUCUAUGAAAGUCAUAUUGAUGAUGCAAAAUGCAAGUUACUCUCUAAACACCUCGUGGCGCAUCCCUGCCUGAGAGAACUCAACCUUUCCCAUAACGUGAUUGGCGACAAAGGGGCCAAGGCUGUUGCUAAAAUGCUCAAUAGCACCAAACUGGAGAUCCUUAACUUGAGCGACAACAUUGUUCGAGACGUGGGAGCCAACGCCAUUGCUGACGCCUUACCAGGCAACUGCACCCUUCUGCUUCUUAACCUAAGAAUCAACCGUGUGGGUGACGAGGGUGGGCAGGCUAUUGGAAAGGCCUUAAUGAAAAACGGUACACUUCUUCAUCUUCACCUCGGAGCCAACCUCGUGACUGAGCCCACUGCCAUCACGCUGUCAGAAGUGCUGGCUAAGAACCAAACACUGAAGACCAUCAACCUUUCCUGCAACAAACUGGGUCAGGAUGGAGGAAAAGCUCUGGCGGAGGCCAUAGUUCAAAACAGCAUUUUAACAGAAUGUGACGUAAACCUGACCGAUGUGGAUGAGGAGAGCGCCUCCAUCAUCAACCAGGUGGUUUGCACCAAUAAGAAAACCUCCGUCACCAACCAGGUGGUUGGCAACACCGAGAGUAAAAUCAUUAUCAACCAAGUGGUUGACAUUCAUGACAGCUCAGACGAAGAGGAACAAGAAAGCGACGACGAGGUUCAAGCUGAAGAUGACGAAGUACAAGAAGAACAAAAUGAUGAGCAACCAGAUGGCGAGGUACAAGAAGCACCAGUUGAUGAGGCACAACAGGAAGAUGGAGAGGUACAGUAG